CCUAACCUGUAAUGUCGACACUCAGGCUUUAGAGGUAACUACUCCACUAUCUUGGCGCCCCCGGCACUAGCGUCCUCUGUCCCCACCACACCCUCGCUUCGGGUUCGAAAGGCUUGAAAGCCUACCGCCUCCCACCCCGGACGUCGCCUAGAGGACUUCACCCUGAGAUAUACUCCUGUUGCUGCUUCGCAACGGUUUUGUUAUCCUUACGAAUUUCUGAGAGAAAUAGUAUACAGUGGUGGUCUCAACAUGUCUCCAGGCGUAUUACUCUACACAAGUCUGAUCUACGUGGUCUUGAUUCAGCAGGCACAAUGCUGUGUUCCCUCCACUAUCCAGGCACAGGUGCCGGUAGAGGUGCAGGCAGGUUACGUUGUCUCUAAAGUCAAUGUUGGUGACUGCAACUCGAGGAGGUUUUACUUUUCCACCUGUGACCCUGACUUCACCGUCCUGCCGGAUGGGACCAUCGUCACGUUGCGGGUUACCCGGGUCACCUCGGAGGGCAAGUCCUUCUGCGUGUGGGCCCAGGACCAGACACACCACCGCUGGAAAGUGGAUGUCACUCUCACUCACACUAUGCAGCCUCAGCUUCCUCAGCAGAAGACUGGCGUUCUACGACGCUUCAGGAGGCGUUGGAGCCCCCCGCCUAUCUACUUACAGGAGAACUCUCCCCCUCCUUACCCUAAGGACCUAGAGCAGAUUGGGUCGGACUCCAGUCAGAACCAGUCUGUGUACUACCGCAUCAGUGGGCCGGGCGUGACGACGCACCCAGUGGGGGUGUUCUCGUGUGAGGAGCUCAGCGGGGUGCUGAGAGUUCACCGGGCGCUGGACCGUGAGGAAUUCCCUGUGCUGAUUUUCAUAGCUCAUGCCUACAACAGAAUCACACACAAGGAGACUGAUAAACCCCUGCCUAUUACAGUCAACAUGGAGGACGUCAAUGACAAUGCACCAGAAUUCGUAGAGAAUUCACUACUCUUCACUGUGGAGGAACGCAGUAAAGUUGGUACGGUGGUAGGCCAGAUAAAUGCUACUGAUAAAGAUGAGCCAAACACAUCUCACACCAAGAUCAGAUACAUCCUGCUGACAGGAACAGAGCUCUUCUCAGUGCACUCUUUCAGUGGAGUCAUCUCUACCAAAUCAGCCACACUGGACAGAGAGACCCAGGAGAAACACCUGGUUACCGUGGAGAUCCGAGACAUGGGUGGAGCAUUGAACGGUCUGUCAAACACCGGGACUGCUACCAUCUCGCUGACAGAUAUCAAUGACAACCCACCCACUUUUUCAGAGAAAAGCUACAAGGCCCGAGUUGGGGAGAACAAAGCUGACGUACUUGUUCUGCGGAUCCCGGUGGAGGACAAGGACUUGAAGGGAACAGCUAACUGGAAGGUCAUCUUUAAGAUCACCAAAGGAAAUGAAAAUGGAUAUUUCAGGGUGGAUACAGACCCUGAAACCAAUGAGGGGCUGCUCUAUGUCACCAAGCCUCUGGAUCAUGAGGAGGGGAGCCACCUGAUGCUGGAGCUGGUGGCCGAGAACGAGGCUCCUCUGGUGGGCGCUGGUGCCUGGAUGCAGGUCCCUGUGGACCUGAUGGUGGGGGACGAGGACGAGGGGCCCGUGUUCUCCCCACCCAUCCUCACCCUCAGAGUUAAGGAGAACGUCCCCAACGGCACACUCAUCGGCACGUACACCGCCACAGAUCCUGAGACAAAAACCGGCAAGGGCAUCAAAUACUAUGAAGAGACUGACCCCGCCUCUUGGAUAAGUGUGGACGAGAACACAGGAGGUCUGAAGACCACAAACAUGAUUGACCGAGAGUCUAAGUUUGUCUCUAACGGCAUGUACAACAUGACGGUGCGAGCUGUAGACACAAGUAAAAAGCAAGGCAUCGGGACAGUGCUGAUUCUGAUUGACGAUGUGAAUGACAACAACCCGGUGAUCACGGUUCCGGACCGGACUCUGUGUGAGCAGGACGGGGUGCUUGGGUCCAUCACGCUUCACGCUGAGGAUGCUGACGCCACACCUUACGGGGAACCAUUCACCUUUGAACUGGGAGAGGAGGCAGUUGGAAAGUGGAAGUUGAAGGAUGCUAAAGGCACCUCUGUGGUGCUGCAGCAGGCCGUGGCUCUGCCCUACGGGCUCUACAGUGUCCCUGUGGUGGUCAAGGAUCUGCAGGGUGUUGGGGAGGCGCAGACGGUUAAUGUGAGACUGUGUGAGUGCGCAACGACCACGCCUGGACAGGAGGAGUGUGUGGCGCAGGAGCGCUCUGCUGUGCUGGGGACAUGGGGAGUCCUGGCCAUCCUGCUUGCCCUGGCUCUCCUGCUGCUACUGCUCCUGCUGUUUGUCUUCAUCUGCUCUACUAAGAGGGAGAAGCUCUACAUUGAUGAUGGCAGUGGAGGCAUGCUGAUCAAGUCUAACACAGAGGCCCCAGGGGAGGAAGUGAAGACAGACCCAUUUCUGCUGCUGUGCCCUAGUCCUGUGGAGGCAGUGGAUACCCAGUCAAGGGGGCAGGGGGUAGGCUUGGGUGAGGGUCUGGAUCAGCAGACACUCGAGCACCAGCACCAGUACCAGGGGAAUGGUUUUCAGACCUCUGCCCAUGAGUUUGUGACCUCCGGCGGACAGACCAACAUUUACGCCUCCGGACACUAUGGCCAGGGUUUCUAUGGUGAUGAAGGCUUCCAAAACUACUCCGUGUUGGAUACGUGGAGGACCAAUGAGCUCUACCUGGGCAAUAAACUGAUGUACUUCUGUGAGGAGGAGGAUGGGCGUUAUGCGGAUGACCUGCUGAAGGAUUAUGGGUAUGAGGGGGAGGGCUCAUCAGUGGGGUCGCUGGACUGCCUCAGCCAGAUGGGCGUCGAGGAAGACUCCCUGGACUUCUUGGAUGCACUGGGUCCUAAGUUCCGCUUGCUGGCGCACACUUGCACACACACAGCAGAGGAGGAAGAGUGAGGGAGGGAGGUGUGGAAGAAGGGAGCAGAGGGAAUGAGUCGAAGGGAGGGAACGAGUCGAAGGGAGGGAACGUAGGAGAGCGUGAUGAGAAACAGAUGAGGCGUCUGCUUCACAGAAAACAACUGUGGAGGUCAGAGAGGAGUGAUCUCACCGAGAGGCUUGGGACGCUUUCUAACCAAAAUGCUGACACACUGGAUUCAACAAGCUGCCUCCCCAAACUACAUGCUUGUGUGUGUGUGUGUGUGUGUGUGUGUGUGUGUGUGUGUGUGUGUGUGUGUGUGUGUGUGUGUGUGUGUGUGUGUGUGUGUGUGUGUGUGUGUGUGUGUGUGUGUGUGUGUCUGAGAGUGAGUGAGAGAGUCAAUGAACGGGAGGAUAGAGAUGGUGAGUGAGUGAUAUGUUUGCUUUUUCUAUGUUAAUAUUAUGUUACUUAAUGAAUUAUAUUAGUGCUUUUUCCAGAAAGUGAAGUAAUAAAACACGAUCAAACUAGAAGGGCCAUCUGAGAGUGCAGACCUCCACCAACACCAAAUGCCCAAUUUUGCAAUGUUAAUGUGAAAAGAUUAUUUAUGGAUCAGCCCCCUUGAUUUGGACCCACUCCAGAAUGUCAUGGGUUCUUUGUUGGCCCAUGCUACACCCCUUCAUGAAAAUCAGCCUGGUAGUUUUUGAGUAAUCCUGCUUACAGACAACAAACCGAACCGAAAAUAUAACCUCCUUAGGGAUCUCCAGAUGGUCUUCUACACAAAGAUUGAAAAUGGCCUUCUCCAGCUGAUAUGGAUAUGAGUGUGUGAGUGUCUUGCAACUAUCUGUGAGUUUGUAUGUAUUCGAUACAUGAGCACCAUCUGUGACUGUGUGUGUCUGUGUGUGUGUGUGUGUCCUCAUGUGUGAGUGUGGAAGAAAACAGGAUGUGUGUAUGCAGGGAUUGCCUGCUAGCGUAAUUCUCUGGGAGCUGUAGUUUAACGCCUCUGUGAUCUGAUAGAGAACAUGACAGUGCACUCAACUCUUAGGAUUGUAGACCUGAACUUUGACCCCAGGCGCCCCACCUCACUCGCCCCCACUAGGAUGUGUCAGUGAAGGUGGGGAAGAGCGUUGGAUUGAACUUUGACCGCAGCUGUAAAGCUUGAAAUGUUAUGAGAAUGUUGUGUGAUUUGCCUGCAUUGGUGUGUGCUUUGUCCUUAUCCCUUUUUGUAAAAUAAUACUUUCACAUGGGAGAAGGUAGCCAAUAUAUGUAGUUUUUUUUUCAUGCUGGAUUUCCAAAUAAAGAACUCAACUUGUUUGGUUUCAAAAAGAUAA